AUGUCGGACAACUGCCGUCGUGAUAAAUCGCCCAAAUCGGAACUCAAGACCCACUCAACCGAUCCACGUAACUGGCGUCGAGGAUUCACCACACGAUUGAGGAAUGGAACCUUGGCAAUCUUCCGAGCGGUGAAUGAGUAUCUGUUCGUAACACCGUCAGAGCCAGAGUUGCAUCAACGUCCGCUGGUCCGAGGUGCUUCCAGGACUACGAUCACGACAACCACAACUACGACGAUCGUUACAACCCGGGCUGAGACAACUACCACUACCAUCACCACGACGAUCAAGGCCACCACAACCUCGGUCACCACCUCCAACUGCGUCACAAACGACAUCACCAUUAGCGCCAUGACCUACUCCAAGUCUACCAUCCCUUCCGCUAUGACCAAGGAGACCACGACCACCAAGUCGACGAUCAUCACUACCAUCACUAACACUACCGACAUCAUCCCGACCCCCGGGACCACUACCGUCGUCACAAAAACCAAUACUUGUACCCGUACAUUCUAA